UAGGACUAUAGCUCUGCUUCCCCAGAGGCACUCACAACUGAGAUCAUGGCAUUUGACGGGACUUGGAAAGUAGACCGGAAUGAAAACUAUGAAACGAUCAUGGAGAAAAUGGGCAAUCAGAAAUGCCACAAAAAAUUAAAUAUAACUAUGAAGCAAGCAAAACAUGGUGCCGUAUUCCUGUGACCUUAACCCUUUCGAAAGUGAAAUGGAUGGAUUGUGAGGCAUUCACUUUAUGAAAAGGAAGGUUGCAACUCAUGACAAUUUGAAACUGACCAUCAAACAAGAAGGAAAUAAAUUCAUUAUUAAAGAAUCAUGCAGGUUUCGAAACAUUGACGUUGUAUUUGAACUUGGUGUCAACUUUGACUAUACUCUAGCAGAUGGAACUGAACUCAAUGGGACCUGGAGCCUUGAGGGAAAUAAACUAAUUGCAAAAUUCAAACGUGUAGACAACGGAAAGGAGCUGAUUGAUAUCUGGGAAAUUUCUGGUAGUGAACUAAUCCAGACCUACAUAUAUGAAGGAGUUGAAGCCAAGCGAUUCUUUAAGAAGGAAUGAGAAGUUUCUUGGAUCCCAGGGCAACCCUGAAGAGCUAAGCUGUUGUCAGACUUCUCUCUUCAUCAUGUUAAUGCCAGGCAGGUUCAUCCUUUCAUGAGCACUGGCAUAUUCCCAGUCUUGUCAAAGCCAAAAAUGUAAAAGCUAGUUAGAACUUCAUUUGCUUUGCAUUCCUUAAGAUAUAUAUGAACUGGUAUUUAAAAGGAAAAUAAAUAUUGUUCUCACAUUGCUUUAUAA